GCUUCACAGUCUUCUCUCUCUGCCUAUCAGGAUGUCUCUGGCCGAUUUCUGCCAGAACUUCGACACGAUAGAGGUCUGUCACCUGAGCGAAGAAACGCUGAGCGAGAGCGGAGUCAAAAAGCCCUGGAAAUGUACAUCACAUCACGGACGAUGGGUUUCUUGGCAAGGGCCUCCUCAGUACAGCCUGACCCUGCUGGAGGAGGACGACGACCCCAGUGACCCUGAACUAACGUGCUCAUUCCUGCUGGCGCUCAUGCAGAAACACAUUCGUCUGAAAGGAAUGACGCUGCUGAAGGCCGCGCUGCACAUAUACAAGGUUUCACACAUGUGGUUCAAGCGUGUGUUGUUGGACGUGAAAGCUGCGGUCUGAUUGGUUGGCUAUAUAUAGUAUAAAUAGUUCCUAAACUGCUACAAUGAACACUUCGAUGUAAAGUAUUAAAACAAAACGUACCUGAAAUAUGAAUAAAAUCUAUAAUAGUAAUUUGCCUUUCAUUUUAAUUUUAUUAAAUGAAUUCUUUU